AUGAUUCGUGGUGCUUUCAUAGGUUUACCUCGAAUCGGAUUGUCUCUGAAGAGUCCGAUUUUCAGAUCAUCGCCGAUAGUUAUUAAAACAGCAGGAUUCAAGACCCUUCCUACAUGCGCCUUUAGGAAGACACAAUGGCCCUUGGCAGAGGAGAAGAAAGUUAGUAAACCCAUCCCAGUAGACCAGCUAAAGGUUGAACCACCCAAACCAGAGCCACCAAAGAAGUCUAAUGCUCCCACCAUUUCGGAGUUGAAAAUUUUAAGAAAUUUGACCCAAUACAUAUGGCCCAAGGGAAAUACAAAGGUUAAGAGCAGAGUCGUUUUAGCUCUUCUACUUUUGAUUAGUGCGAAACUACUGAAUGUACAAGUUCCGUUUUUUUUUAAGCAAGUUGUGGAUAAUAUGAAUGUAGAAUGGUCAGAUCCUUCAGUGGCUCUACCGGGUGCUAUUAUGUUAACUGUAGUCUGUUACGGUGCUGCCAGAUUUGGUGCAGUUUUAUUUGGGGAAUUGAGAAAUGCAGUCUUUGCUCGUGUUGGCCAAAACGCCAUUAGAAACGUUUCCAUGGAGACAUUUAGACAUUUGAUGAAAUUGGAUUUAGGUUGGCAUCUAAGUAGACAAACCGGUGGUCUUACUAGAGCUAUGGAUAGAGGUACAAAAGGUAUUUCUUAUGUGCUAAGCGCCAUGGUUUUUCAUAUCAUUCCCAUUACUUUUGAGAUUUCUGUCGUUUGCGGGAUUCUAACUUAUCAGUUUGGUGCAUCAUUUGCCGGAAUUACUUUCACUACGAUGUUACUCUAUUCUAUAUUCACUUUCAGAACUACUGCUUGGAGAACAAAGUUCAGACGUGAGGCUAACAAAGCUGAUAACAAAGCCGCCAGCGUUGCAUUGGAUUCAUUGAUAAAUUUUGAAGCUGUUAAAAAUUUCAACAAUGAAAAGUACCUUGCUGAAAAAUACGAGACUUCAUUGUUAAAAUACAGGGACUCCCAGGUUAGAGUUGCACAAUCGUUAGCUUUUCUAAAUUCUGGUCAAAAUUUGAUCUUUACCACUGCAUUAACCGCCAUGAUGUAUAUGGGCUGUACUGGUAUCAUUGGUGGUAGUCUCACUGUAGGUGAUUUGGUUUUAAUCAACCAGUUGGUUUUCCAGCUCUCUGUACCACUAAACUUCUUGGGUAGCGUUUACCGUGAGUUAAAGCAGUCAUUGAUCGACAUGGAGUCUCUUUUCAACUUGAGGAAUAACCCAAUUCUCAUUGAUAAUCCAUCAAAGCCUAAAAUGCUACCUGCAAACGCAGGUCCCUUUGACAUUGUAUUUGAAAACGUCACUUUUGGUUACGAUCCUAGAAGGAAAAUCUUACAAAAUGCAUCGUUUGUAAUUCCUGCAGGUUGGAAGACUGCUGUUGUCGGGCCAUCAGGUAGCGGUAAAUCAACGCUUUUGAAAUUAGUAUUUAGAUUUUACGAUCCACAAGAGGGUAGAAUCCUAGUAAAUGGUAUUGACAUUAGAGAAUACGAUUUAGAUUCCCUGAGAAGAGCCAUUGGUGUUGUCCCCCAAGAUACACCUCUUUUCAACGAUACAAUCUGGGAAAACGUUAAAUUUGGCCGUAUCGAUGCUGAUGAUCAGGAGGUUACAAGAUCAAUCGAAAAGGCUCAUUUGGCACCAUUGGUUUACAGACUUCCUGGCGGUCUAAACACUAUUGUAGGUGAAAGAGGGCUCAUGAUCAGUGGUGGUGAAAAGCAAAGACUGGCAAUCGCCCGUGUACUACUCAAGAACUCUUCGAUAAUGUUUUUUGACGAAGCUACUAGUGCUCUAGACACACACACGGAACAGGCACUUUUGAGAACCAUUAGAGCUAAUUUUGACCGCGGUUCGAAGACAAGUGUUUACAUCGCCCACAGGUUGAGGACCAUCGCAGAUGCUGACAAGAUCAUCGUUUUAGAAGAAGGGAGACCCAGAGAAGAAGGUACUCAUCACGAACUCCUACAGAAAGAGGACUCGCUCUACCGUGAACUGUGGAACAUCCAGGAAAACCUUGACAUGCUAGAAGAAGAGAUGAAGGUAGAACAAGAGGUUGAGGAGGAAAAGGAGAGGCAGAAGUUAUUAAUCCUACAGAGGAAGAGAGAAGAGCGCCAGCGAUCAACGUGA